UCUCUCAGUCAUUCGAUAAUCCUAAUCCUUCAAAAUGCAAUGUUCCAAGCAAAGAAAAGUAUCACAGUGUGUCUCUCUGUCUCUCUUCCUUUGAGAGUGUGUUUGGAUACUGAAAAAAGUCUGAAAUCAUGAAUUUCCUUUCAUCGGUAACCAUUGCAGCAAUUGUUGCAGUUUUCCUGCAACUAUGUACAUCAGCUGAGAUCCUAGACUCAAAGGCGGACAAAAUCAAUGAAUUGCCAGGGCAACCGAAGGUCAGCUUCCAGCAGUUCUCAGGAUACAUUACUGUGGAUGAAAAGCAAGAGAGAGCUCUAUUCUAUUACUUUGUUGAGGCAGAAACAGAGCCAGCUUCAAAGCCUGUGGUUCUUUGGUUGAAUGGAGGGCCUGGUUGUUCUUCUGUUGGUUUAGGGGCAUUUUCUGAGCAUGGACCUUUUAGACCAAGCGGAGAAAGAAAUCAAUAUAGCUGGAACCGAGAAGCAAACAUGUUAUACUUAGAGACACCAGCAGGGGUUGGCUUCUCUUAUUCUACCAAUGCUUCCUACUAUACAAUGGUGGAUGACAAGAUGACUGCCGAAGACAAUCUUAUGUUCCUACGGCGCUGGUUUGUCAAGUUUCCGGAAUAUAAGGGCAGAGAUUUCUUCAUCACUGGAGAAAGCUAUGCUGGUCAUUAUGUUCCACAACUCGCCCUUCUCAUUGUUCAGUUCAACAAGAAGGAAAAAUUGUUCAAUCUGAAAGGCAUAGCUUUGGGUAAUCCUCUUUUGGAAUAUGUAACUGACUUCAAUUCAGAGGAUCUAUUUUCCUGGUCACAUGGGUUGAUAUCAGACUCAACAUAUGUAGCCCUGACUACAGUUUGUAACAGCUCUCGAUUAGCGAGUGAGUCUUUUAGAGGUAUUGUUUCCCUUGAUUGUGAGGCAGUGGCAAGCCAGGCCAACAGAGAAACCAGUAGAUACAUUGACUCAUAUGAUGUCACACUUGAUGUCUGUUUAUCUUCCCUUCAGUCACAGUCGAAGGCUCUUACUCGCCCGCAAUAUGAUGGUAAACUAGAUGUCUGUGUCCAAGAUGAAGCACAGAACUAUUUAAACCGGAACGACGUAAAAGAGGCUCUCCAUGCCCGCCUUGUGGGUGUCACCAGUUGGAGUCCUUGCAGUGAGGUUCUUCACUAUCAGAUGCUUAAUUUAGAGGCAUCAACAAUUCCUACCCUGAGCUCACUAAUCAGAUCUGGGAUUCGGGUCAUGGUUUACAGUGGAGAUCAGGAUUCUGUAAUACCAUUUAUAGGGAGCCGGUCAUUGGUCCAAGGAUUGGGAAAUGAAUUGGGACUAAACACUACUGUGGCUUAUAGAGUUUGGAUUUCACAAAAACAGGUUGGUGGAUGGACAGAAGUGUAUGGUGAUAUCCUAUCCUUUGCCACCAUUAGAGGAGCUUCUCACACAGCUCCAUUUUCACAACCAGAGAGAUCACUUGUGUUGUUCAAUGCAUUUCUUGAAGGCAAGCCGUUACCAGCAGCAUUCUGACAUAUUGAUAGAAAGAGGGAAUGCUUUCAUGAUGAUGCUAUAUGUAAUAAUCAGCAGAUGGAAGGAAAGUCGUUGCAAUAAAAGAGGAGAAAAGCUAACUGCUUUCCCUUAAAAUUGUUAAGACCAAGCACCCUCUUUUAGUUUGCCUAAGGUAAUGAAAUAUGUGCAAAAAGUUCAUAUUCC